AUGCCCACUUACACUUCCUAUUCCACUUCCACAACAACAACAACAACAACAACAACAACAACAACAACAACAACACCUCGCACGUCGAUCGACAAGCUCAACCCAUGGAAGUCGCUUUCUUCUGCUAUAUCCAUCCGCUCCUCUCCAUGUGGAUCCACACUGAAAGAGCCAAGCAAGACACGAAGCCUAUGGAACUCUGUCAAGCGACAUACACGAGAACACCAUGAGAGUGUGAACGCGGCUUAUGCGACAUACUAUGGCCAAGGAGUUUGUCUGGAUGAACAUUGCGAUGGAAGGAAUCAAGAACUCUGGCGAUAUCGACGUGGUGGGUAUCUUUCUGAUCACUGGAAGGGAUUGGGACAAUGA